UCAGCAGUCAGUCGGUGGGGAGAGCCGGAGAGCGUGUUAUAUCAUUUCUGCCCCUACUGAACAAAGAGAGGUAACGCCGGCCGUGUACAGCGCACAAACGACUGUGCACAAAAACCGAACCCUUAUUAUAAUCAUCAACUGAAUCAGUGUCACUGAAAGCCAGGGAUCUGGAAAUUCUUGGGGUAAGAGUUCGUGAAUCACAGAAUUCACAGCAACGUUCAGUGGGGAUUAGGAGUUUGAAAGGGGAACGCAACAAUGGGGGAGGGCGGGUGCUGUCCGCCGAUGGAGCUAUUCCGUUCGGAGCCGAUGCAACUGGUGCAGCUGAUCAUCCCCAUGGAAUCCGCCCAUCAGACCAUUUCUUACCUCGGCGACGUCGGGCUCGUUCAAUUUAAAGAUCUAAAUGCAGAAAAAAGCCCCUUCCAGCGAACAUAUGCUACUCAGAUUAAAAGAUGUGGAGAAAUGGCGCGUGGGCUACGUUUCUUUUGGGAACAGAUGGCGAAGGCAGGCUUUUCACCUUCAACCACUCCUAUGACACAAGUUGAUAUUGAUCUGGAUGACUUGGAGAUAAAACUGGGAGAACUUGAAGCUGAGUUGAUAGAGAUAAAUGCAAACAAUGAAAAGUUGCAACGCGCUUAUUAUGAGCUUCUAGAAUAUAAGCUAGUGCUGGAGAAGGCUGGAGAAUUCUUUUCCACAGCUCAGAGUAGUGCUACUGCUCAGCAGAGAGAAAUUGAAGCUCGUCAAGUUGGUGAAGUAUCCAUUGACAGUCCUUUACUAUUGGAGCAGGAAAUCUCAGCGGAUCCUUCAAAGCAAGUUAAACUGGGUUUCAUUAGUGGGCUUAUACCUAGGGAAAAGUCAAUGGCAUUUGAAAGGAUUAUAUUUCGUGCUACCAGGGGAAAUGUAUAUCUCAGGCAAGCUGCAGUGGAAUAUCCUGUGAUUGAUCCAGUGUCUGGGGAGAAGGUUGAGAAAAAUGUAUUCGUGGCCUUCUAUUCUGGUGAAAAGGCAAAGACCAAAAUUUUGAAGAUAUGUGAAGCUUUUGGAGCAAAUCGUUACCCCUUUCCUGAUGACUUGGAGAAGCAAGCUCAGAUGAUCACUGAGGUCUCUGGAAAAAUUGCAGAGAUGAAGGCUACAAUAGAUGUUGGGCUCCUACACCGAAACAAUCUGUUAAAGACCAUCAGCUAUCAAUUCGAGAAGUGGGAUCUUUUGGUGAGGAAGGAGAAAUCUAUUUAUCACACUUUAAGCAUGCUUAGCAUUGAUGUGACAAAGAAGUGUCUUGUGGCAGAGGGGUGGAGCCCUGUUUUUGCAACAAAACAGAUUCAGGAUGUGUUACAUCGGGCCACAUUGGACAGCAACUCAGAAAUAGGAUCAAUAUUCCAGAUUUUGCAUACGAAGGAAUUACCACCUACAUAUUUUCGGACAAACAAAUUCACUUCUGCUUUUCAAUCUAUUGUUGAUGCAUAUGGGGUGGCCAAGUAUCAAGAAGCAAAUCCUGGUUUAUACACUAUUAUUACAUUCCCGUUUCUAUUUGCAGUCAUGUUUGGUGAUUGGGGCCAUGGCAUAUGCUUGCUCCUUGCAGCAUUAUUCUUUAUAUUUAGGGAAAGGAAAUUUUCUGGUCAGAAGCUUGAAGAUAUGACAGAAAUGAUCUUUGGCGGUCGGUAUUGUAUUAUGAUGAUGGCAUUGUUCUCGAUUUACACGGGUUUGAUUUAUAAUGAAUUCUUUUCAGUCCCAUUUGAGAUUUUUGGCAAAUCUGCCUAUGCUUGCCGUGAUACUUCCUGCAGAGAUGCUUCAACUGUCGGCUUAAUCAAAGUUCGCCCCACUUAUCCAUUUGGUGUAGAUCCUGAAUGGCAUGGUAGCCGCACUGAAUUGCCAUUCCUUAAUUCUUUGAAGAUGAAGAUGUCAAUCCUACUUGGUGUAGCCCAGAUGAAUCUCGGAAUCGUGUUGAGCUUUUUUAAUGCCUUAUUCUUUAAAAAUGGCCUGAAUAUCUGGUUUCAAUUUAUUCCCCAGAUGAUAUUUUUAAACAGCCUGUUUGGCUACCUUUCCCUCCUCAUAAUUGUGAAGUGGUGCACUGGUUCACAAGCUGAUUUAUACCACAUAAUGAUAUACAUGUUCCUGAGUCCAACAGAUGAUCUGGGUGAGAACCAGCUUUUUGUUGGGCAGAAAACUACUCAGCUUACAUUGUUAUUGCUAGCCCUAGUUGCUGUUCCAUGGAUGCUACUUCCAAAGCCUUUUCUCUUGAAGAAGCAACACGAAGAAAGACAUCGUGGUCAAUCCUACACACUACUUCACAGCACUGAUGAUUCUUUAGAAGUGGAGGCGCAUCAUGAUUCCCAUGGCCAUGAGGAAUUUGAGUUCAGUGAAGUUUUUGUGCACCAACUCAUUCAUACCAUAGAGUUUGUCCUCGGAUCGGUCUCAAAUACGGCUUCGUAUCUCCGGUUGUGGGCCCUCAGCCUUGCUCAUUCGGAGCUAUCAAGUGUGUUCUACGAGAAGGUUCUACUUCUUGCUUGGGGGUACAACAACAUUAUAAUCUUGAUUAUUGGCGUCAUCAUUUUUAUUUUUGCGACAGUUGGUGUGUUGCUAGUGAUGGAAACACUUAGUGCAUUCCUACAUGCUUUGCGUCUUCACUGGGUGGAGUUCAUGAACAAGUUCUACGAGGGAGAUGGAUACAAAUUCCACCCCUUCUCCUUCUCGUUGCUUCUUGAAGAGGAGGACUAGACUAGUGCCCGAAACGCAGUGAAUCUUCCUGAGUGUGCCAAUCUGGAUAUGAUUCAAGUAAUUCUUUCAUUUGGAUGAAUAUUCAGUAUAUUCCUGUUAGCAAGGGGAGUGAACUAGUGAAGGGUUUUUACACUAUGAAACUCCCACCCUGGAUUCCUGUGAUCUUCAUAUGUUGAAAAAUAAAGUGUCCAGGGCAGGCUGCCUCCUAUGUAUGUGGUGGGUUAGAUUCCUUCAUGAUAUUUGUAUUAAUAAUAAAUAUGUUGUAUUAUUAUUGUC